AAGGGUAUUCCAACUAUGGUGGGGAAAUCUAAGAGUGAGUCCAAAGACAAGGAGAAGAAGCAUAAAAAGCACAAGGACAAGGACAAAGAUAAGGACAAGGAUAAAGAUAAAGAACAUAAGAAGCAUAAACAUCGUCACAAGGAUCGAAGUAAAGACAAGGAUAAAGAUAAAAAGAAAGAUAAAAGUGGCCAUCAUGAUUCUGGUGCCGAGCAUUCAAAGAAGCAUCAUGAGAAGAAAAGGAAGCAUGAUGGAGAGGAAGAUAUCAAUGAUCACAAGCACAAGAAAAGCAAGCACAAGAGCUCAAAAAUUGAUGAAAUGGGUGCAAUAAAGGUAGCAGGCUAACAAGCAGCAUGACUGGUGUCCAUUGUUUUUUGUCCUCAGAUUUAGCAGUUGAGAAUUUGAAGGGAACCUUCUACUAACUAUUAUGAAAUUUUUCUGAGUGUACGGGCUAAUGAAAGAUUUCUGAUAACAUGAACUGUCCUGUUGAAGUAGAUUAACGGAGUAGCAACCUGUGCAAACAAACCAUGCAUCACGGAAUAUGAUCCCUUCAUAUGGCACUCGUGACAGAUUGUUUUUCAUGAUGCUGUUAUCCUCCUCGCUUAAUCUAAUCUAAAUCUGAAGGCUUACUAUUAGGCGAACCAGUUGGAGCUAUUGGGUAGAAGGCAGAGGAUGAGAUGACUGCCAUUUAUUAUUUUCCAUUAAGCUUGGGGAUCUGGUUUCUGAUCUUCAAUUUGUAGAUAUUUGUUAGGUUUCUCUUUCAUUUUUGGGGUGGGGGAUUUGUUUCUAGUAUGGGUUCUCUCAUGUACUCCUAUAGGACUCUCUGAUUGUUGCAACAGAUGUUCUUGUUGUACAUACUUCUAGAAAGAAAUCAAAAUGAAGUCAUUGUUUCUGAUGCCAAA